AUGCCAGCCUCUGGUGUCACAGUCAGUGAUGAAGUCAUCAAAGUCUUCAAUGACAUGAAAGUACGGAAGUCCUCGUCUUCAGACGAGGUGAAAAAGCGCAAAAAGGCAGUGCUGUUCUGCCUCAGCGAUGACAAGAAGAAGAUCGUCGUAGAAGAGGGCAAGCAUAUCUUAGUCGGAGACAUUGGAGACACUGUCGAUGACCCCUACGCCUGCUUCGUGAAGCUCCUACCUCUCAACGACUGCAGAUACGGCUUAUACGAUGCCACUUAUGAAACUAAAGAGUCCAAGAAAGAAGACUUGGUAUUCAUAUUUUGGGCCCCUGAAGGUGCGCCGUUAAAAAGCAAGAUGAUUUAUGCUAGCUCAAAAGAUGCAAUUAAGAAGAAGUUUACAGGGUGUGAGACGUGA